AUGAGGGCGUGGCGUAUCUACGUGCUGGAUGCGGACCGCGGCGUGCUCUCCGAGUGGGUGCUGCACUCUGCUGGCCUGCCGGCGCCUGGCGCGGAGCCGCCGGCGGUGUGCCGCCCGCGCCGGUGCGCGCGCCGGGCGCUGGUGCUCACCGCCCGGCGCCUGCUGCUGUUCGACGCCCGCCCGGGGGGCUGGGUGCUCGCGGAGGACGCCCCGCUGUCCGGCGUCGUGGAGCUGGCCGUGCCGCCGCAGUCGCCGAAAUUGCUGGUGCUGCGGCAGCACGGCCUGCCGGACGCGGUGCUCAGCAUGCCCGCCGCCGCCCGCGCGCGGCUGCUGGCCAAGUUCCAGUCGGCGCUCGGCGCCCUCGGCGGGCUGCGGGUGCACCAGGAGGCGUCGCCCGUGGUGGCGCUGCUGGAUGAGCACCGCCAGCGGGCGGGCGCGCUCACCAGCGUCGGCGCCGGCGGCUUCGUGGUGCUGCCCUACGCGCCGGCCCUUCUGGACAUGUCUGGGGAGGACAUCCGCUUCUUCGGCGUCCUCGACCUCUGCGAGAGUGAUGGGUCGCCACAGCCUUCCUCGGCCUGGCAUAGGCACCUGGUGGCCCUCAAGGCCGAGGCCGCGGGCGUCGGCCUAUGGCUGCUCUGGUGCCCGCAGGCCCACUGCGGAGCCACCCCGGGGGCUCUGCGGUCGGCCUCCGUCCUGGAGGCUCGCGCGGUGGACGCGGAGGCGGACUCGCCCGAGGAGGCGAGGAGAGUCGGAGACGAGGAGCUCGCGCGCUUCUCCGUGCGCGGCGCGUCCGAGGGGCAGCCGCUGUGCGUGAUGCUGCAGGCCAGCGCGGUCCAGACGCGAGACGACUGGAUGGCGGUCCUGAGCGGCUGUCUUCCUCCCUUGAGGAUGCGCUAG